AUGGACGACCUGCUCGGAGGGUUUUCAGAAACUCCUGUUGCGGUAGCUCAAGCAUCGGUAGCGCCUGUGUCUGUGCAAAGUGUGGAUGAUUUGGUUGAAGCUGUCUUCGAUUACGAAGGGCAAAACCAAGGCGAUUUGAGUUUUAAAAUCGGAGAGAAAAUUCAAGUAACCUCGAGAAACGGAGAAAUUUGGAGUGGAAUAUCGAAUGGAAAGAGUGGGAAUUUCCCGGCAAUGCAUGUCCAAAGUGUGAAAGCAAAUGACCCGGCAAAUGACGAUAUCCUUGGAAAAGCGCUGCUUACAAGCAACGCUCCCGCUCCUAUUUCUGCUGGUUUUGAAGAUAAUCUCUUCGGAGCUCAGCAAGUGACAAGUUCUAACACCCUUUCGGAAGCAAAUGUCGCAGAACCUGCCAUUCAAUCUUCCCAGCCUCAGUCUCAGUCGCAGCCUCAGCCUCAGGUUCAAACUCAGAAGCCACAACAAGAAGAAAGCACGAUUCAAUAUGCGAAAGAAGUCGGAUUGGUUGUUGAUGACGGUGGAUCUGGCGGAAGAAGACCUUUUCAAGAUGACCCGGAGUGGUAUUUGACUCAACUUGUCAAUGCGCUUCCUACAAGGGUCUUCAUUGGAAUUAUAAUUUUGAUGGACUUUCUCCUCACCAUAAUGGAUCUGGCUAAAUCGGACAAAACCGCACCCGAUCAAAACGCAUUCGACUGGAUUUCCUUCAUUGUCGGUCUCAUGUUCGUCUUCGCGACUCCGGGUUUCCAAGUUCAACAUUUCAAGCUCGCUCUAUUUAUUAAUCGAUGCUUCAAAAUUUAA